AGUGUGUAGGAAUGAGCAGGCUCCAUCAGUAGAUUAAAGCCUCAGAUGCUGCCUGCUGUCACUCAGGAUUUUAUCUGUGCUUUUCUCCUGCACUAUGGAGCCUCUUUUUGGGGCUGUGCUGGGUUUGAUUGUGGCAGUCGCUUCCCCAGCCCACAGCAACUGUACCUGUGCGACCAACAAGUGGGCAGUGUGUGCCCAGGACAGCUCUGGGAUCUGCACCUGCAGCCUGCAAGGCUCAGACCACCCCGUGGACUGCUCAACCCUGACUUCAAAAUGCUUCCUGAUGAAGGCAGAAAUGAUCCCCUGGAAGGAGAAGCGUCUCUGGAAACCUCCCCAUGCGCUCUCAGACAGCGAUGGCAUUUACAACCCCGACUGCGAGGACAGUGGCRUGUUCAAAGCCAGGCAGUGCAAUGAAUCCAGCAGCUGCUGGUGUGUGAACUCUGCCGGAGUGCGCAGGACUGAGAAGGGAGACAGGAGCCUGAACUGCAGCGAGCUGGUGCGGACAAGGUGGAUCUACAUCGAAGUGACACACCGGAGAAGGUCCAGUGCCUUCCGUGUCUCUGACGUGGCAAAGGCCCUGACACAGCUGUUUGAGAGCAGGUACAAGCUGAACCCCAAGUACAUCUCAGCCAUCAAGUACGAUCCCCCACUCAUCCAAAUCCGCCUGAACCAGAACGAGAAACCCAGGUGGGAUGUAGACAUAGCUGAUGCAGCCUAUUACUUUGAAAAAGAUGUAAACAAUGACUCUGUAUUUCAUCCCAGCAGUAAAUUGACUCUCUCGGUCAAAGGAGAUGCUCUGGCUAUUGAAAAGCUCUGGAUUUCCUAUGUUGAUGAAAAGCCCCCAGAGUUCUGCAUGAGGCAGCUGGCAGCUGGCAUUAGUGCUGUGGUCACCGUGAUUGUCCUGACUGCUGGCGUUGGCAUCGCUGUGCUGCUCACCCUCAGGUGGCUGCACGCAAGGAAGUAUAAAAAAUUUGAGUGUAAAGAAAUGGGGGAAAUUAAAACCCCAAGAUCAGAGCUGYCCUGAAUUGAAAGAAGAAAGGCAACUGCCGGAAGAAAAGAAAAAAAGAGGCAAAAAAUAUAAGUAACAGACUCAGUGAUGGAUUCCUUCCUACAGGAAUUUGUACACUGACUGUUCUAAAUUAUUCUUGUUUAGUAAGAAUUAAUUUUUUGGGUAUAAACGAAUUUGGGAGUCAGUUACCUAAAUAUUUUAAMUGGCUGCUACUUUGGAGGGUAAGAAAACUGUUACAGCUGUCUAUUUAACAUAACACAGAAUGCUUUCACUCCUGCUGCAGGCCUGGCUCAGAUUGCUUAAAUACUUAAAUACUCUGUGGGGUUCUUGGUGUAUCUACUGACUCAAAUUAAAAUACUUGCCUCAGCAUAUUUGGACUAGAUUGCUGCUUUCUGCUUGGUAAACUUUUUUAAAAUGCAGUUUGUUUUUUGUGCAUGGGGUCUUUUUUAAAAAAAAAG